AUGCCGCAAAAUCAUCCGGGUGGAAUCACGAUGUUUAAAGAAGGCAAUAGUGACAGCGUGAGAAGUGGUCGUGGUGGAGGGAGGAGGAGGAAGUAUGUGGGACGACUGGCUUUUCAGGCACUCUUCUCUAGAGAAAUAUUGCCACAAAGUUUUUCCCCACCCCAUGGUUUAGACAAAAGGGAUUUGAAAAAUAACAAUAAGGACAUAGAAAAUUCACAAGAGAAAGAUGAAGAUAGAUUGCAGUUAGACCUUAACAGUAAGACGUGGAAUACCUCUUCCGGGAAGCUAAGAAUGGAAGAUAAUGCUACUUUGAUGGGUAAAAACAAAGAAGAGGGACCCCUGAGUAUGGGACUUGGAUACGCAAAGCUAAAAGCUCGUAGAACAGGGUUUAAACCUUACAAAAGGUGCUCGAUAGAAGCAAAAGAGAGCUGGUCACAGGACAAUGGCCAGGAAGAAGAGAAAGGCCCUAAGAGAAUAUGCCUAGAAGGAGAGGCUUCUACCUAA